AUGGCGAAUGCGCCACUGGCAGGGAAGACACUCUAUCUUGAGUUUCUAUCGCGUGGUCUGCAGACAUGGCGGACCGCAGUCCUGCGACCUGCGAGGUCGGGAUACGCUUGCUCUGACGAGGACAGCGAUCUGGGCCACUACACUUGCAAUACGCGCUUCCAACCCGGAGAAGUGGGAGAAAUUAUUUGUCGGCCAGGGUGGACUGAAAAUAAUUGUCUAUCACGUUACCCCAACAGAAGGAGAGAUGCGGUUCGCAGGACAAUAUUUAUGCAUGAAGCGCUUUUCGACAUGGAUUGCACUUUCGGACCAACGCUCAAUGCAGUAGCUUACGUCAUCAGCCUUGAUUCCAGGUUGAAAGGAGGCUACGAACUGAUCUCCGAUCAUCUGAAAAUUGAGAAUCUGAAACUUUGCUCAAUACCAGCCAUGUAUAAGCCCCGUCUAACUUCACCUAAUAUGAACAACUUUAACAAGCACACACUGGUGCCUGGAGACAGAGUUGGUCUGACAAUCAGCGUACCGACUGCCCGAGACUCGAACAUUUCUGAUGUCGAAAACUCAUGUAUUUUGCGCCUUGUGGAUACGGCAUUCAAGAAUUUUGAGAAUUCUAAAGAUACACUGAUCGAUUUAAACAAGGUUACCAAUGAGCUUCAUGAAAACAGCCAGUUGUUUUACAACGGCAGUGAUUGGGAUAGGUUGAAUUCCAACUUAUUUAAAACGACUGUGCGUAAUACCAUCGUAAAACCACGAGUCCGAGAUUUCUUUCCGGAGGUCUGGCUGUUUGACCACAUCACACUCGACCAAGCAGGAUAUUAUAGCACCCUGCUAACAGCACCAGACGGCAUUACUAGUUGGGAAUUCAGGGCUCUCUGUUUUUCGCAGAACAUGGGCAUCUGGAUGCCACCAAGACUGGAGCCGGAGGUUGUCACCGUCUCGCUCCCCUUCUACUUCGAACUCACUCCCCCGGUGAAGGCCAAACGACACGAGGUCUUACACUUGCCCGUCAGUGUCUUCAUGUUGUCGCAAACAUCAGCCAGUGUCACGGCAGACGAGAAGGCCUUUUAG